CCACAGUUUAGAUAAAACGUCCAUCGAUACUUUUCAAAACUACUAUGAAAUCCAUUGGAGUUAUCUGCCUGCUAUUUGCGCUGUUCGGCGCUGCAUUGGCAUGGAACUUAGAAGAGCCUAUUUGCCUUUUGCCACCGGCUGUGGUAGGUCCUUGUAAUGCAAGAAUAGAAAGAUGGACCUACAAUAACCGUAGGUGCGUUCGUUUCUACUACGGAGGUUGUGAUGGAAAUGACAAUAAUUUUAUCACUGAGGAAAAUUGUAAAUCGAUAUGUGAAUCCCAGGGGUAGACCCGAAUAAAACCAUUUGAAUAAAAACUACUUGCAUUCUGA